CUGCAGCAAUUUCGAAGGACAACCGACAAACGUGAGCAACGCAAAUGCGGUGAUUGAUACACUCUGAUCAUCGACUACUCUGACGAUAAGGAAUCAUUUUGCGUCAAGUGUCGAGAAAUUAACGAACGUCAAUAUAAUUUUUUACGUGGCGAGAUAUAUAAGAUACGAGUAGAGAAACCCAAGAGAACCAGUGUCUGUCUAGAAAAAAUCGUACUUUAACGUAUACGCAUUUUUUGACGUUUCGUGUUCCCAAUGGCACUGACAGGACCCGACUUGCCGAAGAUACCAGCUCGUUUGAAAGUCAUUCAGCAAUACUUGACAAUUGCGGCCAAGCACGACGAGAGGGACUGCGUUGUUAGUUACUGGUGUCGCCUUUACGCUCUUCAGAAGGGAUUGAAGUUGUCAUCGAAGACAUCGGAAGACACAAAUUUCUUGAUGAAGUUGAUAGAUUGGUUGGAAACGACAAAAAAGACGUUGCACGAUAACGAGGCUAUCACUAACGAGGUGGCUGCUCAAGCACACUUGGAGAAUUGGGCCUUGAAGCUGUUUCUGUAUGCCGAUAAGAACGACAGGGCUGGGAAUUUCUCCAAGAAUGUGAUACAAAGCUUUUACACUGCUCAAGUAUUGUAUGAUGUGUUGACGCUGUUUGGCGAACUGAGCGUAGAAGCGGCACAGAACCAAAAGUACGCACAAUGGAAAGCAGCCUACAUUCACAAUUGUUUGGUAAAUGGAGAGACUCCGGUACCAGGUCCAAUGAAGGAAGAGGGUGAAGAAAGUGACGUAGUCGAGCCAUCAAAUGAUGAUAAGGAUCCGGAGUUGAAUGAAAAUCCUGAACCUCCAUCUGAAAGUCCUAAAGACGAUGCUCCACAAAGCGAUGUUCCACCCGUUCCUGUGAAUCCACCAGCCAUGAGAACUCUGUCGUUCGAAUUGGAUGAUAAUACUGCAUGUAAAACAGAAGGCGGCGUUGAUCUAUCAGUAGAGCAAAUCAGUAAAGCUCAAAAGUUCAUCAAAUGGGCAGGCAGUGCAUUAGACUACGACGACGUACCCACUUCUGUGAUGAACCUUCGGAAAGCUUUGCAUCUCUUAACUACGGGCCAGGAGCCUGCAUAGAGAAAACAAAUAUGGAUAGAUAAUAGACAUUUAACAGCUUACUUGCGAUUAACUCGCACUAGGCUCGUCAUCUGGCCAGUAAGAAGACAGUUAAUAUUUCACAGCUUUUGCUAUAAAUUUUUAAGUACAGGAUAAUAGAAACCGUGUGAGAAAAUAACAGAAAAUAAGGCAAGUUUGUAGUAACUAGUCAAGCCUACUUCGAGUACGGUGCACUUAACUAAAUUGAAAAUGUUUACAGACUGCUUCUAGAUUUUAUUGUUGUUCAAAAUGAAAUAUACAGUUACAGUAGUUCUGCCAUAUUUAUUGAAACUACUUUGAGAGCUUUCAUAUGUAUAUUUUCUUUUAACAAGGUUUCUCGACAUCUCGACUUCAUUUAGCAGGUAAUUUUUCGAUACUCAAUGAUAUGUUUAUAAACACCAAUUGUCACGUUAAUUUAAAUCGCAGAAUUAAUGAAUUAAACUUGGUGCUUGAUGCGGGCCAGUUAUUUCAAAGGUGAAACAAGUCAACUUUUUGAGAACGUUAAAUUCACAUGGUGGAAAUUAAUUUUGAGUUGUUUCGAGAUGAACGGUCUGCAUUUCUUUAGGAAUAAUAUAUUACUUUCACAAACUGGAAUUUUCACGAUUAUUUAUAAACAAAUCUGCAACAAAACUGAUUAUAUUUGACAUCACAGAAUAGUGUAUACGCAUUUCCUGUACAUACUUAGUAUAUUUUUAUAUAUAGUUAGGAGAACAAAGGUACGUACGAAUAAAC